CCUGAAACUCACAAGCGCGCGGCCGCUACUAUUUCUUCGCGAUUCCAGAUCCAGAAUUCACGAACAUCUAGAGGAGGCUCCCCCGGCUGUGUGUUUGUGUCCCAGUUAGGGAGCCAUGGACGAUUCCUCUAGGCAAAUUGUCGCCUUUACAACGCCAGAAGGCAGACGCUGGAGUGAAAGCGGCGGGGGGUAAGGGCGGGGCAACUGCUGACGUCCCCGCUGACGACUCCGGCUCCGCCCUCAUCCCAGUUUCCGGCGGCGCGCGGCUCCCUUUUCCGCUUUCCCGCGCGCGCACCGAUACCGCCUCACUCCCACGCGCCCCCCAGUGCUGCCGCGCUAGACAGCGGAGAGAACAGAUACUGAGCUGUCGGAAAGGUCCACUGCAGAUCCCCCUUCCGCUCUGCCGAAAGACUUCCGCUUCGGGCGGUCAACAUGUACGUUGCGGCUGUCUGGCGAAGCUGCUGCUGAGCAUUUGCGGACGCGCAGCUUCCCCUCUGCGGGGCCGCCCUGCUUCCCCCGGUUCCCCGCCUCCCCCCGCCCCUCGCUCCCGUCCCUGGGGUCGGCGGACUUCUCGCUACAUGGGGGCGGGCUUCCGCGGUCAGCGCACGGUUUCCUGUUCUGAGGCUGCCCGGCGGUAGGCGGUGGCGACUCUGCCCGCGCCGGCUUCGGCGCGGUGACCGAGCGCCUGGGAGGCUUGAGGACCGUAUCCUGUGCCGUUGAGCCAAGCCCGGUCCUGCGCCGCCAUGGCCCCAGUGCAGCUGGAGAACCACCAGCUGGUCCCGCCCGGAGGCGGCGGUGGGAGCAGUGGCGGACCCCAGUCUGCCCCAGCCCCUCCUCCCCCGGGAGCCGCCGUGGCGGCGGCGGCUGCAGCUGCUGCUAGCCCGGGCUACCGGCUGAGCACCCUCAUUGAAUUUCUGCUGCACCGGGCCUACUCGGAGCUUAUGGUGUUGACGGACCUACUGCCAAGGAAAUCUGAUGUGGAAAGGAAAAUAGAAAUAGUGCAGUUUGCUAGCCGGACACGCCAACUCUUCGUUCGAUUAUUAGCUUUAGUGAAAUGGGCCAAUAAUGCUGGCAAAGUGGAAAAAUGUGCGAUGAUCUCAAGCUUUUUAGAUCAGCAAGCCAUCCUGUUUGUGGACACUGCUGAUCGCCUGGCUUCGUUAGCUAGAGAUGCUCUGGUCCAUGCACGCCUGCCUAGUUUUGCCAUCCCGUAUGCCAUUGAUGUACUGACUACUGGAUCUUACCCACGGCUGCCAACCUGCAUUAGGGAUAAAAUUAUUCCUCCAGACCCAAUUACCAAAAUUGAAAAACAAGCCACACUCCAUCAGCUGAAUCAGAUUCUUAGACAUCGGCUUGUAACCACAGAUCUUCCUCCUCAGUUAGCAAAUCUUACAGUUGCAAAUGGCCGGGUGAAGUUUCGUGUUGAAGGAGAAUUUGAAGCCACAUUGACUGUGAUGGGAGAUGACCCCGAUGUUCCAUGGCGUCUUCUCAAGCUAGAAAUUCUAGUUGAGGAUAAGGAAACAGGAGGUAAAUCACAACAUCUAUCAGAUUCUUUCUGUUUAUCACUUCAGUUAGAAGUCUUACAUUCCCAAACUCUAAUGUUAAUCCGAGAACGGUGGGGAGACCUUGUACAGGUGGAAAGAUACCAUGCUGGAAAGUGCCUCUCCCUCUCAGUUUGGAAUCAACAGGUUCUUGGAAGAAAAACUGGAACAGCAUCUGUUCACAAAGUUACAAUUAAAAUUGAUGAGAAUGAUGUCUCCAAGCCUUUACAGAUUUUUCAUGAUCCUCCUUUGCCAGCUUCUGAUUCCAAAUUAGUAGAAAGAGCCAUGAAGAUUGACCACUUAUCAAUAGAAAAACUCCUGAUUGACAGUGUCCAUGCAAGAGCUCAUCAGAAGCUCCAAGAACUGAAGGCCAUUCUUAGAGGCUUCAAUGCCAAUGAAAACUCUUCCAUAGAGACUGCACUCCCAGCUCUUGUUGUUCCCAUCUUGGAGCCCUGCGGUAAUUCGGAGUGUCUGCACAUUUUUGUAGAUUUGCAUUCUGGAAUGUUUCAAUUGAUGCUUUAUGGACUUGACCAGGCCACUCUGGAUGACAUGGAGAAGUCUGUGAAUGAUGAUAUGAAACGGAUCAUACCCUGGAUUCAGCAACUGAAGUUUUGGCUUGGACAACAGCGUUGCAAGCAGUCUAUAAAACAUUUGCCUACGAUAUGCAGUGAAACAUUGCAGCUUUCCAAUUACUCAACUCAUCCUAUUGGAAACCUUUCUAAGAAUAAGCUGUUCAUUAAACUUACCCGCCUUCCACAAUACUACAUUGUUGUGGAGAUGUUGGAGGUUCCCAAUAAACCCACGCAACUGUCGUACAAGUACUACUUUAUGUCUGUGAAUGCUUCAGAUCGUGAAGACAGCCCUGCAAUGGCACUGCUGCUGCAGCAGUUCAAGGAAAACAUCCAGGACUUGGUUUUUCGUACAAAAACCGGGAAACAGACCAGAACCAAUGCCAAGCGCAAGUUGUCUGAUGAUCCGUGUCCAGUAGAAUCCAAGAAAACGAAACGAUCAGGAGAAAUGUGUGCCUUCAAUAAAGUUUUAGCUCACUUUGUCGCUAUGUGUGAUACAAAUAUGCCAUUUGUAGGACUUCGGUUGGAGUUGUCCAAUCUGGAGAUUCCACAUCAAGGAGUGCAAGUGGAAGGUGAUGGCUUCAGUCAUGCAAUUCGCUUAUUAAAAAUUCCUCCCUGUAAGGGUAUAAGUGAGGAAACCCAAAAGGCUCUGGACCGUUGUCUUCUCGAUUGCACUUUCCGAUUGCAAGGUAGAAAUAACCGCACGUGGGUAGCAGAGUUAGUGUUUGCGAAUUGCCCGCUUAAUGGCACUUCUACUAGGGAGCAAGGACCAUCCCGGCAUGUUUACCUGACAUAUGAAAAUCUGUUGUCUGAGCCUGUUGGUGGUAGAAAAGUGGUUGAAAUGUUUCUUAAUGACUGGAAUAGUAUUGCACGAUUAUAUGAGUGUGUGUUGGAAUUUGCACGUUCUUUACCAGACAUACCUGCUCAUCUAAAUAUUUUCUCAGAAGUUCGUGUUUAUAAUUACCGAAAACUUAUCUUGUGUUAUGGAACCACCAAGGGAAGCUCAAUUAGUAUCCAAUGGAAUUCGAUCCAUCAGAAAUUCCACAUUUCUUUGGGAACUGUUGGCCCAAACUCAGGUUGCAGUAACUGUCACAAUACCAUUCUCCAUCAGCUUCAAGAAAUGUUCAACAAAACACCAAAUGUGGUUCAGUUAUUACAGGUACUGUUUGAUACUCAGGCUCCAUUAAAUGCCAUCAACAAACUCCCCACUGUGCCGAUGUUGGGCUUGACCCAGAGAACCAACACUGCAUACCAAUGCUUCUCCAUUCUGCCACAGUCGUCCACCCACAUCAGACUGGCCUUCAGGAACAUGUAUUGCAUUGAUAUAUACUGCCGGAGUCGAGGUGUUGUGGCAAUACGGGAUGGUGCCUAUAGUCUUUUUGAUAACAGCAAAUUAGUUGAAGGUUUUUAUCCUGCACCAGGACUAAAGACGUUCCUAAAUAUGUUUGUGGACAGCAAUCAGGAUGCUCGAAGAAGGUCUGUAAAUGAGGACGAUAAUCCCCCUUCUCCUAUAGGAGGAGAUAUGAUGGAUUCUUUAAUAUCACAGCUCCAGCCACCACCCCAGCAACAGCCAUUUCCAAAGCAGCCAGGAACAUCAGGCGCUUAUCCUCUUACUUCACCCCCUACAUCUUAUCACAGCACAGUCAAUCAGUCUCCCUCUAUGAUGCACACACAGUCUCCAGGAAAUCUGCAUGCUGCCAGCUCCCCCAGUGGGGCUUUGAGAGCCCCAUCACCAGCGUCAUUUGUUCCAACUCCUCCCCCAUCCUCGCAUGGAAUCUCAAUAGGACCAGGGGCCAGUUUUGCUAGUCCACAUGGAACUCUUGACCCUAGUUCCCCAUACACUAUGGUGUCACCAAGUGGACGAGCAGGGAACUGGCCAGGAUCUCCUCAAGUGUCUGGCCCCUCACCAGCAACACGCAUGCCUGGAAUGUCACCAGCCAACCCCUCAUUACAUUCUCCGGUUCCAGAUGCUUCUCAUUCCCCUCGAGCUGGAGCAAGUUCCCAAACAAUGCCAACGAACAUGCCUCCACCUCGUAAACUACCUCAGCGCUCUUGGGCGGCAUCCAUACCUACCAUCCUCACUCACAGUGCCUUGAACAUUUUGCUGCUGCCCUCUCCAACGCCAGGCCUCGUGCCCGGCCUGGCAGGUAGUUACCUUUGUUCUCCACUUGAGAGAUUCCUUGGAUCAGUCAUCAUGAGACGGCAUCUUCAAAGAAUUAUUCAACAAGAAACGCUGCAGCUGAUCAAUUCCAACGAACCCGGAGUGAUCAUGUUUAAGACGGAUGCACUGAAAUGCAGAGUAGCCCUUAGUCCCAAAACCAAUCAGACACUUCAGCUAAAAGUGACACCUGAAAAUGCAGGACAAUGGAAACCUGAUGAACUUCAAGUUUUGGAGAAAUUCUUUGAAACAAGAGUUGCAGGACCACCAUUUAAAGCUAAUACGUUAAUAGCCUUCACCAAGCUAUUAGGAGCUCCAACACACAUCCUGAGGGAUUGUGUGCACAUUAUGAAGCUGGAGCUGUUCCCUGACCAGGCAACACAGCUAAAAUGGAAUGUUCAGUUUUGCCUGACCAUCCCUCCCAGUGCACCGCCGAUUGCACCUCCUGGGACACCCGCUGUGGUGCUGAAAUCCAAAAUGUUAUUUUUUCUUCAACUAACUCAGAAAACAUCGGUCCCUCCCCAAGAACCUGUUAGUAUUAUAGUUCCAAUCAUUUAUGACAUGGCUUCAGGUACAACCCAGCAGGCAGACAUUCCCAGACAGCAGAACUCUUCUGUUGCUGCUCCCAUGAUGGUCAGCAACAUUCUGAAGAGGUUUGCAGAGAUGAAUCCUCCACGACAAGGUGAAUGCACAAUAUUUGCAGCUGUUCGUGAUUUAAUGGCUAAUCUUACACUGCCCCCUGGUGGGCGUCCAUAGACACUAUUGUUUUUAAACCAGGAAGGCUGACAGAUGAGACAAAACAACAAAAAUAAAUCUGAAUUCAGCCCUCAGUUUAAAAAAGGAAAAGGACUUUUUUUUUAAAGAGCUAAAUAUUCUAAACUGGCAAAAAUUUUCAGGGUGCACUUCUUUCAUCAAAAUGAUCAUCAAUCUUUUGUAUAAUGAACUUGUAUAGUGUGUUUAAAUGGGACACAUUUCAAAGUAGGAAAUAAAUCGGUGUCCGUUUGCCAGUAAUAGAUUUAAUAUUCUGUUUUAUACUAUAAAGUUAUGAAAUGCCAAACUUGUUUAUUUAAUUGUUUUCUUAUGUUUUGGGUGUAAUAGUCCUUUUUUUGGUUUUUGUUUUGUUUUUUAAGGCAGGUCUGUCAUUUUUGAAUACUGUAAAACUGUGAUAAACUUUAUAUUGAAGUUGUAUUUUAAUAUGACCGCUUUGAAUCCUCACAUGAAGUGUUCUGGGAGUUGUUAUAAACACACCCCAGGGAAGCAAUAUUUAAUAAAACUAGGUAAAAAACAAAACAAAACAGUGACACUCACUUGUGUGUAUAUAAACUCUAGAGACAGCUUAGGCCCUCCCUUCAUCUUUAACCUGGUGAAUGGAGCCAGUAAUUAAUUUCUAAUAAUACAUGUCUGAAAUUUGACCAAAAACAUCUUCUUUAUGUCAAGGUUAAUUUAUUUUCUUCAGACAUUCCUAACUUGACUAGUGGUUAACAUUUAGCACCUCAGUUGUCUUUCAGUACAUAGGAUUUGGUGAAAAAUAAGGAACUUAGUCUUUGAGAAGGAAAGUAUGUGGUUCAUAUUGAUAUAGGAUCCCAUAUGCAAUCAUUCUCAUCUGAAGAGGAUGUGGGAACUUUUCUGUCAGGCAAAUUUAGUUUACAGAAUACUUCUGCAUACAACAUUAAUUAGGAAACAAAGAAGUUUAAUGCUGUACUCCUGCAUGAAGUUUCUGUGAGCUUUCUUUAUCUUACUUCUCCUCCUUGCCUUCCCCACCAAAAUUGGGAUUUUUCUAAACAAUCUCAAUUUAAUUCAUUGUCAACAAAAUGAUAGAAUGUUUUGCUUGGAAGAAACCUGGUCCAUUCUCCUCAUUUUGAAGAAUCCAGGAUUCUGGGCCUGUCCAGUGUCAAAUGGAGUUUUUGGUACUGAUACAUCUCUGCAGAGCUUCUUUGGAGCACUGUGCUGUCUUCCUAGUCAGUCAGGGACUUUUUUAAGCUUCAAAGAACAUGAUCUGAUGCAAAGGUCUUUUACCAACUUCAUGUUAUUUAGGAAAGUUUUUUAAAUGAUACCGUGCUGAGUUAUCUGGUCACUGUAAUACUGUUUCUCCAUUAAAAUGUAUAUGCUUUGUCUAAUUCCACUUUAAGAUGAUUUAAUUGAGCUUCUAUAACUAUCAGCUACCAAAUUCUAGUUUCAAGCAUCUGACUGCAACUGUAUCAUAUCUGUUCUCAACUUUGCUUGGUUCUCCACUCAUUUUCAAUCAGAGUUGAGGCCUUCUUUGCCUUUCUUCUUUGUCUUGUUUCUGCCUUCAUCUCCCACUUCUCACCCAACUCUGCCACUGUUCGGGAGCAGUUGACUAAACUUUUAUCCUUCCUUUAACUUAACCUUUUUAUCCUUCUGUGUUUAGUUCUUAACAGUGUAAUCACAUCAGUUUGGCAAUCUAAGAUGUCUUUAUCAAGGGUCAGCCCUUUUCUAUUUGGAGCUGAAUCUUUUCUUUCAUGUAGAAAUCUACAUGUAUAUAUAAGAAAUGUAUUUUUAUCUGCAGGAUAAUAUUGUUUCAAAUAAUUUUAUUAAGAGUUAACUUUUUAGGUAUUUUCCAUUUUAAUGUGGUUUUGAAAUGUUAAUUGCAUUUUUACACAUGAUGCAUUCAAUGGACUCUCUUUUUUCCUAAUUAUAACUCAUCUCUGAAUGCAUUGUGUCAAUCAAGAGGAAGAUAGGAUUCAGUGAACGGAAUUUGCUUUUGAUGCUUACUAAGAGUAAACUCAUGAAUUUGAAUUUUUAUAUUAUGCUUGGUACUUGGAAUUGAUAUAUACCUUAUUAAAGCUUGAAAACAUUUAGCAUUUGAAUAGUAAGUUUCAUCACAAUUCAUGUCUUUUGCCUCUUUUGUUACGCAGGUUCAAUCAAAGGGACUGGAUGCCCAUAGUGAUUUUCUCUAAUAAUUGGGUUGGGACUUAACUUUAAGGUGUUUUCAAUGUGAUUUUAGUAUUUACAGAAAUAAAUAAACUUUAUACAAAGUUUCAGAGAA